AUGGCAUCGGUGGCAGCAUGGCUGCCGUUUGCUCGAGCGGCAGCAAUCGGAUGGGUUCCCAUAUCGAGGCAGCCAAUGCCAGAAGCUCCCAUAGCUAUUCGUGCUAAGGAUCUUGCCGUUGAUCAUGUCAGUGAUGAAAAGCUGGCCAUCAACAUUUCUGGUCGAAAGUUUGAGACGUGGAAGAAUACGUUAGAGAAAUUUCCGGAAACACUUUUGGGCUCAAAUGAAAAGGAAUUUUUUUAUGAUGAAGAUACCGGAGAAUAUUUUUUUGAUCGAGAUCCUGACCUCUUUCGUCACAUUUUAACAUUUUAUCGAACCGGAAAAUUACAUUAUCCACGACAUGAAUGUUUAGUAGCUUAUGAUGAAGAAUUAUCCUUUUUCGGCAUUAUGCCCGAUUUAAUAAGUGAUUGCUGUUAUGAAGAUUAUAAAGAUAAGAAAAGAGAAAAUCAGGAACGUCUAAUCGAAGAAACGAUUGAGCCUGGACAUGCGACAAAGCUGAAAAUGAAUUUCCAGGAGAAACUUUGGACGGCUUUCGAAAAUCCACAUUCAACGUCGAUUUCACUAGUUUUUUAUUAUGUGACGGGUUUUUUUAUUGCCGUUUCUGUUAUGUGUAACAUUAUUGAAACAAUUCCAUGCUGGUACGUUAAUGAUCUUCCCGUCUCUUGUGGAGAUGCUUAUGAGAAACAGUUUUUCGUACUUGAUACAGCUUGUGUUAUUAUUUUUACCGUAGAAUAUCUACUGAGGUUAUAUGCAGCGCCAGAUCGAUGUAAAUUCUUUAUAACCAUAAUGAGUUUAAUUGAUGUUGUCGCAAUUUUACCUUAUUAUGUUGGACUAGCUCUUCCGAAUAACAAAGAUCUUGGAGCUUUUGUAACUCUCAGGGUUUUCAGAGUAUUUCGUAUUUUCAAAUUCUCAAGACAUUCACAAGGAUUACGAAUACUUGGAUAUACACUCAAAUCAUGUGCAUCAGAACUUGGUUUUCUUGUUUUCUCAUUAGCAAUGGCAAUUAUCAUUUUUGCCACAAUUAUGUACUACGCAGAGAAGAAGGUUGAUGGCACAAGGUUCACAUCUAUACCUGCUGCAUUCUGGUACACCAUCGUUACGUUGACAACGCUCGGUUAUGGAGAUAUGGUACCCUCUACUGUUGCUGGUAAAAUUGUUGGAGGUGUUUGCUCACUUUCCGGUGUGUUGGUAAUUGCCUUACCUGUUCCUGUUAUUGUUAGCAACUUUUCACGAAUUUAUCAUCAAAGUCAGCGGGCAGAUAAACGAAAAGCCCAAAAGAAAGCACGGCUGGCACGUAUUCGUGUAGUUAAAAAUGCCUCUGGACAGGCAUUAUUCAACAAGAAAAAAGCACAUGAAGCUCGUAUGCAAGCAUUUGAACGGGGUGAAUUAUCGUUUGACGCAUUGCGAGAUGAGGAUAUCUUUGAAAUUCAACAUCAUCAUCUACUUCAAUGUCUUGAAAAAGCCACUGAAAGGGAAUUCGUUGAAUCUGAUGUCAUAUUUGAAGGAGGCAGAUCUACUCCACCUAUUAGUGAGGCUUCUUCACUCAGUAAUGAAAAUACUCAGAAACGACGAAGGGCAUGGUGUUGCGUUCAGUCCCAAGAUGAAGAAAAUCAUGAUCGUAAUACUCGUGUGACUUUCAAUAAUAACUUACAUCAGGUUCGUGAAUGUACACCAGAUGAUAAACAUCCAGAUGAAGCUUAUUGCGUUUCACAACUCUAG